AUGGUUGUGGUUGCAAACUGCGGACUUGGGUCAUCGCUGGUUGGUCGGUCAGAAGCCAGGAGACAACUCGGGAAUUGUGCACAGUGCUGUACCAGGGAGUUGUGCAAUGGGGAUUUAUGCCAGAGUCAAAUCCCGACCACAACUGUGGACCCAACAUGUGUGGAUGAUCCAACCUUUGAUUGCGCACGCGUCAAUUCUGUGUUCGAUGUUUGCAAGGAUAUUGACCGGGCCAAGACAGUAUGCAGGAAGUUCUGUGGACUUUGCAAUAUUGUUGACGGUCAGUGGGCUGAAUGGAGUACGUGGUCUGUAUGUCCUGUCACGUGUGGCAACGGAACAAGAACACGUACACGCCUUUGCUCAAAUCCCGCUCCUGUGCACGGUGGCGACGAUUGUAUGGGCAACGGCACGGACAUUACAACAUGCGUGCUGGAUCCAUGUCCAGUUCACGGCGGUUGGAGCACUUGGCUUUCAUGGCAACCUUGUUCCAUGACGUGUGACGUAGGUCUGCAAAGGCGUGAUCGAACAUGUACAAACCCCGCCCCGUCAUUGUUCGGUGAUCACUGCUUCGGGGACAGCCACGAAGACAGGCUAUGCAAUGAAGGACCAUGUUCUGAUGGCGCCUGGUCCGUGUGGACUUCCUGGUCACCCUGUUCAGUGACAUGUGACAGCGGUCUAUCACAUCGCAAUCGGGCCUGCAAUAAUCCUCCUCCAUCCCCGCAUGGUUCCCCAUGUAAUGGCACUGCUGCUGAUUGGAAGAUUUGCAAAAGCCAGCCAUGUAAAAGUCUUCAUGUAGCGUUCAACGCUCACACACUCAACACUCGCGAGAACCUACUACCUGAGGCUCCGUUUAAAUUCCUCGUCGUCAUUCUAAACGAGGGUAACUCCUACAACAAAUCCUCUGGCUUCUUCACGUGUCCAGUCGCCGGCGAGUAUUUCUUCUCCGCACAGAUUUGUGGAAACACGGACACAAGUGUCGACUAUCACAUAACGAAAACUUUUGCUGGGACAUCCUCUCCAGUCGACCUUACCGCUAGCACAAACAUGGACACCCACCAUUACAUCUGUUCCUCCACGAGUGUGGUGACACAACUAGAUGUUGGUGACAGGGUUUGGGUCAGACCACACCAUCUGAGGACAAUCUCAAAUUUUGAGUUUCUUGUUGACAGUAGAACUGCAUGGAAUACAUUUUCGGGGACUCUAGUCAGAGAAACAUGAAAUGUGCAACAACAAAAGAUGAAA